AUGUCUUUUCUCGGGACAGCUCGUCCAUGCCAGGCAAGUAGGGCCUGUAGGUUUUACCUACAAAGCUUCCAGUCACAAAAACGAUACUUCAGCCGGACACAAUCCAUUGCCGCGCCCAUUACCGCAGAAGAAGUCCAAGGUGCUCACAAAUACUGCGUUGCUCUUCUCUCGUAUGAAACACCAUCCCUGUGGCCCUCUGAGCCAAUUGAAGCUCCGUCGACAAAAUAUGACCGUCCAUCCUAUACACUGAGCACCUUCGUUCCACGACAUGCGCAAUCCUUCUACAUUGCGCUGCGCGCAUUAAAUGUCUCCCUCUCUAUGAUCCCCGACACCACCUCCUCCCCCACAAUCGGACUGAUGCGACUCCAAUUCUGGCGCGAUUCAGUAACCAAGAUUCUUGCCGGCACGCCACCAAAAGAGCCCGUCGCGAUCUUGCUUGCAUCCGCCAUCUCCGAACUACACGAGCGCACGCAGGGCCGCGCGCGGAUAAGCAAGGGCUGGCUGACCCGUAUAAUUAACUCACGGGAGCAAACCCUAACAAAUGACCCGUACCCAAAUAUCGCCGCGCUUGAAUCCUACGCCGAGAAUACAUACUCGACGCUCAUGUACCUCACUUUGUCGGCAUUGCCCAUGGCUUCGGUAACUGCAGACCAUGUUGCAUCUCAUAUCGGAAAAGCAGUGGGAAUCGCGGCUGUCUUGCGUGGACUACCAUUUGUUGCGUUCCCUGCGCCGGCUGCUCAGGCACCUCCUGGCGUGGCUGGUUCCGCGAUAGGAGGGGGUACGAAACAGGGCGCCGUGAUGUUGCCUCUAGAUGUUAUGGCAGAGGCUGGCGUCAAGGAGGAAGAUGUCCUCCGGUAUGGAGCCCAAGCUGAGGGUCUCCGGGAUGCAGUCUUCACUGUUGCGACGCGGGCAAGCGAUCAUUUAAUUACUGCCCAGCAGAUGUUGACCAACCUUCGCGCUGGAGAGGACGUCGGUCAUGACUUUGAGCAUGAGGGCGAAGAAGGCCAUGUAUAUGAUGAUUCUCCUGGCGCUCGAAGCAGCGAGUCACCUCUCGAUGAGGUCAACCGGGCAUUUGGCGUUUUCCUGCCGGCGGUCGGCACACGUAUGUGGUUGGAUCGCCUCGAGAAACAAGACUUCGAUGUUUUCAGCCCUCAGUUGCUUCGAUCAGACUGGAGACUUCCAUGGAAGGCUUAUUCGGCCUAUCGACGAAAGUCUCUGGACUAA